CAUGACAAAAGCCCGCAGUAUUGAGCAACAGUUUAGUCAUUUGGAAUUACCCGACACUUAGCAGAGCGGCACAUUAAUAAAUGAUAAUUUGUAUCUGGACUUCGUAAUCUAUUUCCUCGAUUUCUCAUCCGGGGAAUUCCAGUCUUCUGUCCGCUGAGUGUUCAUUAAAAAUUAACCGACGAUAUUAUUGGUGGGAGCCAUCAUAUACGAAUAAAUGUGUAUAUAGUUGCUAGGUUAUAUCUAAUUGCUAUGAGCUGCCAUUACCAUCUGGCGAACGUCGUUCAGCAGGAAAACGUGAAGCAGUCUGAUUUGUGUUUCUAGAUCGCAGAAAACAGCUGUCAAAGACUGAUUUUGGAUUUUGGAUUUCUCGAAGAGAGUAAGUAGAACCGUGGCAUCAGCAUGGCAUCGGCUAACAGUGAGCCGUGGUGUUUGCCUCCAAGCAAAUUGGAGAAGUGGUACAAUGAAAAUGUUCAAAAGGGUACGGCAUCUUUCGACGCUACAUGUCGUGAAGCGGUGAACGACGUCGUCCGAUCUAUCCAGCGAAUUUGCUCUACGGAUGGAGACAUGUUCAAUGUCAGCGAAAUUUUUAAGGGCGGAUCCCUCGGAAAGGGAACCAUGGUCCAGAAUUUGUCUGAUGUGGAUCUGGUUGCGUUCAUCAACCCGCCCUACCUGCAACAUAUUCAUACGGUGGAAGCCAAACGCUACAGGAAGCAAUUAAGGAAGGUUAUCAGUAAAAUGAAGGCAGCACUGAGAAAAGAAGCGAAGUUUUUCACACACCUCGUGAAGAACAUCAGUAGUUCUACUUUCCUGGUAAAGUUCACAAUCGUCGUUGGGGAUCGUCCGCUGAAAGUAGACCUUCUUCCAACGGCGUCCAUCCCUCCUGGUGUUGAGGGUCGGGCCUUGUUCGAGACUAUGAUGACUCGAAGCAGCGAGGACAGAGAAUUGUACUCUGUAUCGUUCGCAAAGAGUCAGGUAGAUUUCGUCAAGCGUCAGCCUGGAUGUGUCAAGGAGCUCAUACGUUUGGUGAAGAAUUGGGCGUACACGGAGCUACCCGAGGAACUUCAGAAGUCCUACCCGCUAGAGUUGAUUACAAUCUUCAAAUGGCAGAGGGCUGGGAAGCCGGAGAGUUUCAAUAAAACCAGGGGGUUGAAGGAUGUCCUCAGAUCACUGCAGGCAAUAAAAGCACUACGGACAUAUCAUAUGGCCCAAUAUUCUUGCAGCAAACAACUUGCAAAAAGCAUAUUUUGUCAACAACCCUCUAAAGGCCCUAUCAUGUUGGACCCUGUCAAUCCAACCAACAACGUCUUCGAAAUCUACCAAAGGGCCGGUAAUUCCAAGAAGAUUAGCAGGGCUGCCAGAAAGACACUCGGAUCCGAACUCCUGAAGAAUGUCACGUUGGCCAGCCGUCGUCGAAAACAUUGGGGUGAUCCAGCAGUGUAACUUGGGGCCACCUCUUUUUUUCACAAGAAAAAGCUCAAAUGCCUACCCAAAUUCUGAGCAAGGGGAGAGGGGCACAAUAUUAUUUUCUGUGCCGGGAGCGGCACGUGUCGUGUCCCUAUUCCUCUUGCUUAUUCACACCACGGAAAAUAUACUUCAAAAAUAGACAUCAUAAAUUCAGUCUUUAUAAAUUUGGUUUGCUUUAACUUUUAAUUUUAACUUCGCUGAAAUACUCUUCUUAUUGUGUGAAAAAAACGUUGGUCAAUCUUGACCUUUUCUUGAAUGGUGAAGACUUUGCUGGUAAAGGUUAUAGUUGGUAUAUUUUCGAGAUAUGCUUAAAAAAAUACUCUAAAUUGACCACACAAAGUCUUCACAAAAUUUCACAAAGUCUUCGUGCGUAUGUCUUUAAAUAUUUACAUGUACAUGCACAACUUUGCUUAUGACUGAAUUUUGUCAAACUGUAUUGCUGAGUUUAAGUCGCUUGCCAGCAGAGAUCUUUAUACAUAUACCUUAAAGUACAGUUUUGUAAAAUAUUGAUUGAAUGAUUUAUAAACCAUAUUCCGGCUCCUGAUUUAUUAACAAUUUAUUAACAAAAUGGCCGACACUGGAAUUUGCUUCGCCUGCGUGAUUCUGUGGUCUGACCACAACUCAGAAAGAAUGUCUGGAGAAAUUGCAAAGGCAAGCAUUUCGCAUAAUUUUAUCUGAGUACAGGCUCCUGUAGGAACGUACAUACCACUCGUACAAACAGGCCUGUGCCAAUCUCAUCACAUCCUUACUGGGUCAGAGGGACUAAAAUAAAAAGCCACAAAAACCUCAGGAACUCUGAUAAACUUACCCAGUGUCGGAUGCAUGAGGCUAGUCGUUACAAGAACAGCCCUAUAUUCCUUUUUUUACCUUCAAUUAUAUAUAAUCAGUGUAUUAUUUAUUUAUAUUUUUUCCUGUUAAUCACCCUUUGUGGUUGUUUUUAAUACAUGUACAUUGUCCAUGUUGAUCACGUGAUAUAUGUGUGUAUGUCAGUGUUCUUAUCAGCUUUGUGAAAACAAUUCAUGUGAUAAGCCUCUUCGGAGUUCCAACUGUGCGCAUUCGUAACCCGUGA